UGGCAGUUGUGGAGGAGGCCAGGUGGGGCAGCGGCCGCCGUGGCCCAAACCUUCCCUGAUUCUAGAAACAGGUAACGAACCGUGCCGCUCCUCUCGGGCCUCUCGCGGCGCCGAGGGCGGGCGCCUCGCGGGGCCAUGGGCGCCAGGGCGGGCGCCCUCGCCUGGGCGCUGGCCGCCGCGCUCAUGCGCGCGCGCGGCGCGCAGGCCGUGAAGAGCUCCCUGGUGCGCCGCGAGGCGAGCCGGCCCGAGGCGAGAGACCGAUCGUUCACGCUUGUGUCCCGAUUGUCGGACGGGGAGCUGCGCAUCGUCAUGAACGACGAGCAGGAUCGGGUAGCAGAGGAGAUGCAGCCGUGGCUGAAGUCGGCUGAGCCGCACAUGAACGUGAUUAAGACGCGAUACCUAACCUUCGAGACAGACAACGGCGGUUUCAACAACAUACGUAUGGCUUUCGAGUACUUCGUCGACGUGGCUCGCACUUCCAAUCGCACGCUGGUGCUCCCCCCUCACGAGGGCCUUUACUUACUGGACUGGGGGCCCAGGACCGCGCGCAACCGUUCCGACCAGGGCUGGAUAGGGACCCGCACGCAGACGGAGUACGAUGACCUCUGGGACCUCGGCGACCUCCGGAAGAAGGUCCCCGUGCUGAAGGCGCAGGAUUUCUACGACGACGUCCUCAGGCCUGGUGGUGCCCCCCUGGUGGCAAGCCCCAGCCUGCAGAUCAACAACCAGCCCGACUUCAGCCAAUGGAAGUACUGGCUGUCCAAGACCGCAGACGUCGCGCUGGGAAACUGCGGCACAGUGAGGCACGUGGCGGAGAGCUCCCAGGCAGCGGUCGUGCACAUCCCGUCGCGGCUCUGGGACAGCCACGGGCAUAUGACUUCGGAGAGAGAGCAGCGGUUCCUCUAUUGCGAUCACGGCAACACGGACAAGGCUCAGAGGAGGAGAGGUACAGUGGAGGGGUACGAGGAGACGGCGGAAGGUGUUCAUCGGAUGCCGAGGAAGAGGAGAUCCACUACCAGCGGCACUUAUACGCGAUCGCCAGUGGACCCAUCGCCAGGAUGGGUCUGCGCAACUACACCGCCCUGCACCUGCGCCGCAACGACUUUCAAUACCAGCAGGCUCCGGACACGCCGAGCAGGAUCAUGGAAAAGAUCGCGGAGACGCUCAAGCCCAAGGAGACCGUUUACGUCGCUUCGGACGAGCUGGACCCGGAGUGGUGGAGCCAGCUGCGGAGCGCGCUGAAGGCGGGCGGCCACGAGCUCAUGACCUUCGACGACUUCAAGCCCGAACUUUUGGACAGGGGGCUCAAGGAGAAGUUCUCGGGGCUGGUGGAGAUGAUCAUCUGCACCGCCGCCCGCUCCUUCUGGGGGUCCAGGCAGUCCACCUUCACGGCGGGUAUCCAGAGCUUGAGGAAGACGCUCAGGGAGUCCAGUGGCCCCUGGAGCGUGUCCGAGGAAGAGUUCGGUGUCACGAACAAGUUUGCUUUCCUGCAGUUCCGUUAGUCUUCAUGUGGCAGGCUGGCUGGAACCACGGAAACUCCGCGGUCCCUGCUCUCUCUGAAAACUGUUUAUCUUGUGGUAGCGCGAGAGUUCCCGUCACCGUUUCAUACGUGCUUCGGGCAUGUAUUCAGUUCCCGUCACCGUUUCAUACGUCUUCGGGCAUGUCUUUGCAUCCGGAUGGAACCGUCGCCAUGAAUGCGGACGCGGACUUUCGCUUCCGAUUCGCAUCCAGCA